UCUGUUUUCUACUGAAGUGGCUUAAAAAAAAAAGAAAAAAAAAAAGAAAACCUGUUCCAAGCCUAAAGUUUCAUGCACACAUUUGUUUUCAUGCAGAAUAGAGAGGAGUAAAAACUCUCCAAGUCCUUACGUUACAAUUCUGUCCCAUGGUGCGGUCAGCUGGCUGAACGAGGAGGUGGUCGUCGCCAACUGUAAGAUGCGUGUUUACAGAUUCCCCUUUGACAUCCAGAGCUGCACCAUCACCUUCAAGUCCCAAUCCUAUGACGAUAAUGAGCUACAGAUUGCUGAUCGCAAAAAAACAAAUGAGACUGAAAAUCAGUUCCAGACCCAAGAUGAGUGGGUGUUGAAGAACUUCACGUGGAACAAAGGAACUGCUGAAAAUGUAAAGAAGCAAACAACGCUCAUUUUCACUAUCACAAUGCAGAGGUGGUCCGCUCUCUACAUCGCCAACUUCCUGUUUCCCGUCCUCUUCUUCUUGAGUCUGGACUUGGCCUCCUUCCUGAUUUCAGACACUGGAGGACAGAAGCUCGGCUUCAAGAUCACUGUGCUGCUCGCCGUCACGGUGAUGCAGCUUCUUCUCAACGAAAUUCUGCCCGGCUCAUCCGACAAGAUCCCUCUCAUAGCCAUCUUCUGCAUUGGGAUUUUCACACUGAUGCUGCUCAGCGUGCUGGAGACCAUUCUGGUGAUGAAUCUGAUCGACAGAGACGCCUCAUCACAAGAGGAGACGGAACAAAAUAUGAAGAAGAAACGAGAAAACAAACUGUUCUGCUUCGGUUCAUCCAAGGAUGAUGAUUCGGCUGGGAAAACACCGUUUGUGAUCAAUGAGCUCUUCAGAGACGAACAGGCAGAAGAGUCCAUCAAUCUGAAAAUGGUCUUAGAAGAGCUGAAAGAAGUUCUCCUCAACCACAGGAAGGACGAGGAGAAGGAAGGCUACUGGACCAAAAUGGCUAAAAGGAUCGACAAGAUUUUCACUGCGUUUUAUUUUUCAUCAGUCGUUCUGUUUUUACU